GAAGGAGGCGGCUUGCGGUGUUUGGUGCCGUGCGCCGAAGUUUAGCCAAAUUGCUACGUUGUUUGAAAACCUACCGGCAGGUCUUCUGCAAUGUCUGUCAAACACAGCAGCUCUUUAUUCGACACAUUUUCAACCGGAUAACCCCGAGCUGACGGUUGGAUUACUACUAAUCUGUGUUAUUGUAGGUAGACAAACUAAUUCAUUUUUUUGGAGCUAUUUUCUUUUGCGUUUGGACUUGUCACCAGCAACCGGUGCAGCAAGCAGUCACACAGUGUCCCCACAACAGCUGACUGGAGGCGUAGACAGGAGAAUCACACGUGUAUCCUCCUUCUGUUUGGGAUUUAUUUUAAAACAGGAAGAGUAAAAGCCGGUUAACAUGUCGCUAAGCAGAAGUAUUGAAUUUGAACACUUUGAGGAACGAGAGAAGCCGCAUCGGACACCGAGGACUAACUCGGGCUCCGGGUCCCAGUCCGGCUCCAGAGGAAACGGUGUGGUCCCCAGCCCUGCUCACAGUGCGCACUGUAGCUUCUACCGGACCCGCACCCUCCAGUCCCUCACCUCCGAGAAAAAAGCAAGAAAAGUGCGGUUUUAUCGCAAUGGGGACAGAUAUUUUAAAGGUUUGGUUUAUGCCAUAUCUAGCGACAGGUUCCGGUCCAUGGAUGCUCUGCUCAUGGAGCUCACAAGGUCCCUGUCGGACAAUGUCAACCUUCCUCAAGGAGUCCGGACCUUAUACGCUUUGGAUGGAGGAAAGAGGAUCACCAGUCUGGAUGAGUUAGUAGAGGGUGAGAGUUAUGUGUGUGCCUCAAACGAGCCCUUCAGACGAGUGGACUACAACAAGAACGUUAACCCUAACUGGGCAGUGGGCAGCAAAACCGGCACAUCUCGCUCCCUUUCCUCCCUCCUCCCGUCGAAGAGCGAGUUGCAGCGUGAGUCCAAGGACUUCAUCAAACCCAAACUAGUCACAGUCAUCCGCAGCGGAGUCAAACCGCGCAAAGCAGUAAGGGUACUGCUCAACAAGAAGACGGCUCACUCCUUCGAGCAGGUGCUCACUGACAUCACAGAUGCUAUCAAGUUGGACUCUGGAGCUGUGAGGAGGCUGUACACUCUGGAGGGCAAACAGAUUAUCUGCCUGCAGGACUUCUUUGGAGACGAUGAUGUGUUUAUAGCGUGCGGCCCGGAGAAACACCGCUAUGCGCAGGACGACUUCCUUUUGGAUCAGAGUGAAUGCAGAGUGAUAAAGACGUCGCACACCCGCUCUGCAACUCCCAACCGGACGGUCAAGAGCCCCGGACCCUCACGACGCAGCAAGUCCCCUGGUGCAGCAAGGCAAGCUGUCCACUUCUCCACCAGCCCGUCUCCAGUCAAAUCCCCAGUAAACGGUAUGUCCGUCAGUCAGAUCUCAACUCCAAAGUCCACCAAGUCGUCCUAUCCGUCUCCCACCAGCCCCCGAACCAGCCCCAGUUUCAAGAUCCCUCCAACACAUCACACCCCGUCUUCAAAUGCAAAUGGCUCAGUGAACAACCAUCAGGAGCAAAACAAUCCACUCAGUCCAGAGGUUAAUGGGAAUGGCUACCCGGCUGCCCCUGCCAUAUCUGACAAAUACAAGAUUGGGAAGGUCAUCGGAGAUGGGAACUUCGCUGUGGUCAAAGAGUGUGUGGAGAGGUCCACCGGAAAAGAGUUUGCUCUGAAGAUCAUCGACAAGGCCAAGUGCACUGGAAAGGAGCACCUCAUAGAGAAUGAGGUCGCAGUGCUGCGGAGGGUGAAGCACCCCAACAUCAUCAUGUUGAUAGAGGAGGUGGACACUCCCUCUGAACUCUACCUGGUGAUGGAGCUGGUGAAGGGCGGGGAUUUAUUUGACUCCAUCACCUCCUCGGCCAAGUACACAGAGAGAGACGCCACAGUGAUGGUGUACAACCUGGCUGGAGCUCUGAAGUACCUGCACAGCUCCAACAUCGUCCACAGAGAUAUCAAGCCAGAGAACCUGCUGGUGUUUGAGUAUCCAGAUGGCACCAAGUCAUUGAAGCUGGGGGAUUUUGGCCUGGCCACGGUGGUGGAAGGACCUUUAUACACAGUGUGUGGAACUCCUACAUAUGUGGCUCCAGAAAUCAUCUCAGAGUCUGGUUAUGGUCUGAAGGUGGAUAUCUGGGCUGCAGGUGUCAUCACCUACAUCCUCCUGUGUGGUUUCCCUCCAUUUAGAAGUGAGAAUAACAUGCAAGAGGAUCUGUUUGACCAGAUCCUUCUGGGGCGACUGGAGUUCCCCAGCCCUUACUGGGACAACAUCACUGACUCAGCCAAGGAGCUGAUUGGAAAGAUGCUGCAGGUGAACGCUGAGGCUCGAUACACAGCGCAGGACAUCCUCUCCCACCCUUGGAUCACGAACGAGGCUGUCAUGGAGAACAACAUGAAGAUGGAGGUGACAGGUAAACUGAAGACGCACUUUAACUCUGCGCCUAAUCACAACAACACCACGGCCGCGGUGUCCGUCAUCAUGAGCACAGCUUUAGAUAAGGAGACCCUGCAGCUCACCUCCCGUCGUCCGCGGCCUCAGACUCUGGCAUGUCCUCCGUCACCAGCCUCUCCAACCAAGACAGGACCAGUGUCUCCCACCAAACAGGCAUCACCCGCCAAAAAAAACAAACCCUCCACGCCUGCUCGUGUCAAAGCACCAAACACCGCUGCUGUGCCUGAUGCUGCCUCCCUCUUUAACCCUCCUUUUUCUCUGUCCCAGACUGAGGGAGCUGAUUUCCCUCCCUCUGCUCCUGUAGGGUCCAAUAAUAUCCCCUCUUCUCCCUCAAAAGAAAUGUUCCCUGUUUCUUCUGAUCCUGAGAUAAGCACACCCCCCUCUGCUGCUCCCGGCUGCUCUCUUGGAACUCCCUCACCCUCUGGCCCUCCUGAUCUGUUCACCUGCAACACUCCCUCCUCACCCGUCUCCUGCCCUUCCCCAUCAUCUCCCAACAAACCAUCCUCCCUUCCUGUCUCUUCUUCCUACAAACCAGCCUCUUCUCCCAUCAGACUGGCUUCUACUUCUCCCACUAAAGCAGCCUCUGUUUCUCCCUCAUCUCCCACCAAACAAGCUUCUCCCUCUUCCUCUCCCACCAAAUCAGCCUCUCUUUCUCCCUCAUCUCCCACCAAACGAGUCCCUUCCUCCUCUCCUACCAAAGAGGCAACAUCCCUCUCUUCCUCUCCCACUAAACAAUCCUCCCCCUCUCCCGUCUCCCCCAUCAAACAGGUCAUUUUAUUCCCUUUCUCUUCCCCAACCAGACAAGAGCCUUCCUCCCCGUCUCCCAUGCAUCCAACCCUGUUUCCCUCUCCUCCAUCCACACCUCCCAGAUCAACAUCCCCUCCCUCUCCCGCUGAGCCUCCCUCCCUGAGCCCUAUACCUGCUGAGGAGGUGAUAGAGAUUUAAACGUAACUCUGUAGCCGAUGUCACCCCUCACUCCUUUCCAUGUGUCAGUAAACAUGGAGCAUCUCCAGUAGCUGUAAACUGAGCCAGUGACUGCUGUGUCCCUUUCUCUGUCCCUCUUAUCCGACUCAGAGACACAAGGUUCUCUGGGAGUGUGUAAGUGAUUGUAUAUAUAUCUGUAUUUAUUAAUGGAGGAUGAGGAGAAAGGGAAUGAGCUGAAUGAAACUGAGUGGUUUGUGUUUAGAAGUGCUUUACUGUGUAACCUUAAUGUGAAUGAUUUCGUUUAUUUGUCAUUAUCCCAGUUUCACUUUCCUCUGGCUCUUUUGUGAAUAGCUGUUCAUGAACACCACACGUUUGAUUUAGCAGAGACAGUAGAGUAAUACUACAUUAAAGUAUUUUAGCAUAUCAAACAUGCUAGCCUAGCGUCCUGUAGUGUAACCCACUAUCAGUUCUCUGACCAUAAAUCCCCCGAUGGUAACCGCAGCUUUUCCUAUGAAGUGUUGCUGUAUACAUUACAGAGGGUUGAUAAAAUGAAGGUAAAACCUACCAGAUUACUAAAAUGGAGUUAGUAAAACUGUCUGUCCGCAGAUGUUACUGACCUUCAUUGCACACCUACAUGUGUGAAUGACCCCUUGUUAUGAGUUUCAUCCCAACCAAAGAUUCAAAUUAUUUCUGUCUGAAUACAUUUCAAGGACUGAAAACGAUUUAUCCUGCAAAAAGUAAAUAUCAGGAUAGAAAAUAAAGAUGUGUUGUUGCUUUCCAAACCUGCUCACCAUCUCCCAACCCCUCAGGUUUAUCUUGUGACCCCCCAGAUAUUAUAAACUAUGAGAUGUAUGUCACCAUCACAGUGCAGUGGAGGAUUUUUGUUAGUGGGGCCUGCAAGAUCAUUUUAAUAAUAUAGAUUAUUUGUAGGGACAUCUGCUGAUUAUCUACUGGGACACAACAUGGAAAUGUCAUUUUCAAUAAUAUUGAUACAAAUAAAACUCUCCACCUCAAAUGCAUAAGUCAGAGCUGUACCUGUAUUUCAGAGAAACGUAUAUAUAUAUAAAAACAACUCAUGUCCAGAUAAAGCUGAAAAUGCUUCUACCAGUAUGUCUCGCUUUUUUUCUCAGAAGUCAAUUUAGAAACUUAAUUUGUGCACCAACGCUAAAUCAUGCCGUUUGUAUUAUUUCAUGUGAACACUGUAGUUGUACAUAAUGUGAAGAACUUUAUUUGUCCACCUGAAACUUGAAGGUGUGUAUUGCCCAGGUGUGUCUGAGCAUUAAAUGGCCAUCAAAUUGACAUAAAACCAUAUAUAGCAUUUAUUUCCUAAUAAUCUGGGGCUUUCAAAACUAAAUGCUUUGCUAAAAGUUAAACACUGCACAGAGACGAUGCUUGUUCACCAGUUUAUAUAACUCUAACAGACAGCGCUGCUCUGAAUUUAAAUAAGUCAACCCGGUUUUUUCAAACUACUCGCACACUAGAUUCUGAUUUGUUGGAUUUAUGAAUGAAUGUGUUGUCAAGGUGACGGUUGUGCCUGACCACUUGCUAACAGCUCACGACUUAAUGAUGCCUUCAUCAAAACCAACCGGGCUGAACAAUGGGGGUUACUGGUUUAAGUUAAGUGUUUUUGUGUUCCUGUGUUAAACUGCACAGCUUUUCCCAGCUGAUGUUAGUAGGGCUAACUCCUCUGUAUCGCUUCAGGACCCCCAGCUGCAUGCAUACCCUUACUGUAAGACACACACACACACACACACACACACACACACACACACACACACACACACACACACACACACACACACACACACACACACACAGUGAAGUUGGUACAUUUAGCUUCCUCUUAUGUAUAUGUAGGUAAAGGUAGAUUUUCAUAUGCCGUUUGUAAAGGGAAACAUUUGUAUGAAAAGGCAGUUUUAAAAACAGGUUUCUCAUCUGUGUCAAACUGGAGUAAUGGUUUUUAUGAGGCGAUGAGUGGCUGCUUUUAAUGUCCCACUGUUUUGAAACAGAACAAAGGCAAAAAAUGCAAUAAAGACUUCAAAUUGA